AAGUUAUUGAUGAUUUUGGGUGGCGCGAAAACUAUUGUAGUUUUUCCACAUAGUUUGCUGGGAAAACGUUUUUUUAAGAAGCCGAUUGUUUGUUUGUUUUUCCCUGUCCGUUCAGACACCAUGUGUGAAAAGAUUAAUAAGGUGAACAACUGGCUCAGCAAAGUGUUCGGUGAUCAGCCGGUGCCACAGUUUGAAGUAAACACAAGGACAGUGGAAGUGCUGUAUCAGCUAGCACAGGCCAGUGAAGCCCGGUGCAGUGAGACAGCCCUGCUCAUAGAAGACCUCAAGCAGAAAGCAUCAGAAUAUCAGGCUGAUGGUGCUCAUCUCCAGGACGUUCUUCUACAAGGUGUUGGCUUGUCCGCUGCAAGCUUGUCAAAGCCCGCUGCUGACUACUUGUCUGCUUUAGUGGAUAAUGCUAUGGUGCUUGGAGUGAGAGACAGUUCUUUGGGGAGCUUUAUGCCAGCAGUGAACAACCUCACCAAUGAACAUAUGGAAGCAGAGAAGUCAAACAGAAGACUUGAGAGAGAACUCAGGGCCCUCAGAAAGAGACUUGGUGCUACACUGGUGCUGCGGGGCAACUUACAAGAGGAUAUCAACAAAACUUCCAAAUCUCAGGCAGUGGAGAGCGCUAAAGCAGAGGAGAGACUGCUUGACAUGAAUUUUGUGACAGCAAAGGGUAAAGAGCUCAGUCACAGGCGAGAGAGAUCAGAGGCUGAACUUGUAUCAAGAAACAUGGACAAGACUAUAACCCAUCAGGCCAUUGUGCAGCUCUCUGAGGAAGUCAGUGAGCUGAAGAAAGAAAUAAUCCCUCUGAAAAAGAAACUGGGGCCGUACAUGGACCUGAGCCCGAGCCCAUAUCUUGCUCAAGUGAAAAUAGAAGAGGCAAAAAGAGAAUUGGCUGCACUUGAUUCCCAACUUGAGAUGAAUGUUGACUUUAAAUGAAGAUGUUAGUAACGCAACUCAUUGUGUUUGUAAGCUGUAAUUUUACUGUUUGAAAAAUAAUAAAGUCCAUGUCUUGGUGA